AGAGAAGACAAGCUGCAGCCAAAUAAUCCUGUAAAAGAAGCUCAGCAAAAGAGGGGCAACGUGAUUCUUGCAAUUUCAGACAGAUUUUUUUCAUCUAAUUUUUUUAGGUCGCCUUCUCUGCAACGUCCCGUUUGCAUCAUGAAUGCUAGUUCCACGGCUCUGUGGCUUCCCAAUGCAUCCUUACCAUCAUCCUUGGAAACAAGCUCCGACAUAAACAGGUUCAGAAACACUCUUAAGAUCGUCUUCUACACGGUUGUUUUCCUACUGGGUUCCUUUGGCAAUGGAGUUGUGAUCUGGAUCACUGCCCGCCAGGUCUCACGGACCGUCAGCUGCGUCUGGUUCUUCAAUCUAGCUCUGGCUGACUUUCUCUUCUCCGUGAGUCGUAUCGCACCUCUUCUUGCGAUGAAGGAAGGUUGGAUCUUUGGAAGCUUUGCGUGCAAAGUCAACGGCUUCAUCAAGUACCUCAACAUGUUCUGCAGUGAGUUUCUCUUGGCUGCAAUCAGCAUGGACCGGGCGGCUUGCAUCGCCUACCCGUUAUGGGCCAGGAAACACCGCAACAUCCGCUUGGCAUGGCUCGCAGCCAUUGGAGCUUGGCUCACGGCCAUUGUCACCAGCAUCCCUUUCUACCUUUACCGUAAGGUGGACACAAAGAACAACCAAACCAAAUGCUUGGUGAUGCUCAAGGGAGAAAAGCCAGGAGUGCAAGUGACCAUCUCCAUGUUGAGACUGAUAUGUGGGUUCUUGGCACCCUUCACCAUCAUCGUGAUCUGCUACGGCAUCAUCCUCGUGGUGCUCAGGAGACGCCAGACCUCCCUCCACUCAAAGUCCUUCAAGGUCAUAUUUGUCCUGGUGGUCACCUUCUUCCUCUGUUGGUUGCCCUAUCACAUCACCCAGCUCCUUAAAUUGGCAGGAGUGGAAAGCACGGCCUUCUCGUUUACUGCUCUUUUUGCCGCGUUCCUGGCUUACCUUAACAGUUGUGUAAAUCCGUUCCUUUACUUCUUCAUGGGCAUGGAUUUCCACACAAGGUUGACCCUCUAUAAUAUCAUCAGGGCCCUCAGGAGAAUUUUGUUGGAAGAGAACAGCUCCAUAAAUCAAAAAUCCAGCAGCAGCAAUAAAGGAUCCUUUUCGACAAAUGAGCAGGCAAAAUCCUCAGAAAUCUCUCGGGUGAACUGUGGAAAUUCAACCCCACAAACAUGAAGUAUCACACAACUGGUGAAAUUUGAAUGUGUGCGCCUCAGUUGUCAUCUGUGUCCCAGCCCCAAACCAUAAUUUUGGACGUGUUGAAGUUUUAAAUAUCUGUAGUUGGAAAAGGCUGGCAAAAAAAAGCCUUUUCCCUCAUAAUGAGCUAUGAAAUUGCUUUAAUUGUUUUGCAUUAGUUACACAGAGUGUAGGAAAUUUGUGCAUCCAUCUUAACUGCUGGUCCUAUCUCAAUGUUGAUUUCUUUCGGACUCUUAUUCAUCGGGAACCUUAUCCUGGUCUGUCUCCAAUUUUAGCCAAAUCGCAAGCCAUCAUGGAACCUUCUUAAAACAAUAGCUAAGAGAGCAUCUGUUAUCUCUUUCUCUUGCUUUGAAUAGAGCAGGGGUGUCCAACCUUAUCAACUU